AUGAAGCGGCUCCUGACACUGCUCCCCGUGGGGCUGGGUGCAACCUCGCUCGCGACGGCGCGGCGCCUUUUUAAGUCAGACGGAACACCUUACAAUAGUGGAGUGGCCGACACCUUGCACGGGAGCGAGUACGUUCACAAAGGCGGCGUAGAGGCAAUCGUGGAGGGCGUCGCCGCGGGUCAGUACGCAGAACACAAGCCCCGGGCCACCAUGUUUGUUAAUAAGCGUCCAGUCGAGAUAAUACCCCAAGAAGAGAACUUGUUGGAGGUGAUGGAGCGGGAGGGCAUUCGCGUGCCCAAGUUUUGCUAUCAUCCCAUUCUCUCAGUGGCGGGUAAUUGUCGAAUGUGUCUGGUGCAGGUGGAUGGAACCCAAAACCUCGUCGUGUCUUGUGCCACCGUGGCGCUUCCAGGCAUGUCCAUUAUUACUGAUAGUCGCUUGGUGCGAGACGCCCGCGAAGGUAACGUGGAGCUUAUUCUCAUUAACCACCCAAAUGACUGCCCCAUCUGCGAGCAAGCCACAAACUGCGAUCUGCAAAACAUCAGCAUGAACUAUGGCACUGACAUUCCUCGAUACAGAGAGGAUAAGCGGGCGGUUCAAGAUUUCUACUUUGACCCUCAAACUCGAGUGGUGCUUAACCGCUGUAUUCAUUGCACGCGAUGCGUGCGGUUUCUCAACGAACACGCGCAGGAUUUUAACCUUGGAAUGAUCGGUCGUGGUGGUCUCAGUGAGAUCAGCACCUUCUUGGAUGAGUUGGAAGUGAAAACAGACAAUAACAUGCCGGUCUCACAACUGUGUCCGGUGGGAAAACUGUAUUUGGGCGACGCUGAUGAAAAUAACGCCGUUGCUGACAAGCUGGACGUUAGUCAGCGGAAUUACGCCGUUGCGACAGCCUAG